AUGACCCUGAACGGCGGCGGCAGCGGGGUCGGCGGGAGCCGCGGCGCGGGCAGGGAGCGCGAGCGCCGUAGAGGCAGCACCCCCUGGGGCGCGGCGCCCACGCUGCACCGUCGCAGCAUGCCAGUAGACGACCGCGACCUGCAGGCGGCGCUGGCCCCGGGCGCCAGAGCUACCAGCCUGGCCGGCUCAGGCACCGCGACCCAGGGUCCGAGGCUGGACUGGGCCGAGGGCUCCUCCGACUCUCUCACCUCAGGGGGCAGCGACUCUGAUGAGAAUGUAUACAAGGUGCUGCUGCUGGGGGCAUCUGGCGUGGGCAAGAGCGCCCUGGCACGCAUCUUCGGUGGUGUAGAGGACGGCCCUGAAGCAGAGGCUGCAGGGCACACUUAUGAUCGCUCCAUCGUGGUGGAUGGAGAAGAAGCAUCACUCAUGGUCUAUGACAUUUGGGAGCAGGAUGGGAGUCGAUGGUUGCCUGGCCACUGCAUGGCCAUGGGGGAUGCAUAUGUCAUCGUGUACUCAGUAACUGACAAGGGCAGCUUUGAGAAGGCCUCAGAACUUCGGGUCCAGCUGCGGCGAGCACGGCAGACAGAUGAUGUCCCCAUCAUCCUUGUGGGCAACAAGAGUGAUCUGGUGCGCUCCCGUGAAGUCUCUGUGGAUGAGGGCCGGGCCUGCGCCGUGGUCUUUGACUGCAAGUUCAUCGAGACAUCAGCUGCAUUGCACCACAAUGUCCAGGCGCUGUUUGAAGGGGUCGUGCGCCAGAUACGCCUGCGCAGGGACAGCAAAGAGGCCAAUGCCCGGAGGCAGGCUGGUAGCCGACGGCGGGAGAGCCUUGGCAAGAAGGCAAAGCGCUUCCUGGGCCGCAUCGUAGCACGAAACAGCCGCAAGAUGGCUUUUCGGGCCAAGUCCAAGUCCUGCCAUGACCUCUCAGUCCUUUAAGACCCCUCACUGUGGUAGGCAGAGGGAUAGAUGGGUUGGUGAGCUGGUCCAGCCAACCUCAGGUGCCUCAGGACUGGCUCAGCUUCUACACCCCUUGGGGCUGCCCACUGGGCCUCCCCCACCUCAUGGACAGACAGUUCUACACAGGCAGGCAGCUCCCAGUGGCCAGUGAGGGCUGGGCCCCCAGUGACGCAUGUGAAGGCCCAUGUGGAUCCCAGCAGCAUCCGGGGCCCAGCUUGUGGGGCAGGGCUGUGCGUGGGGACUGCUUUCCUCUACACCCAGCUGUGCAUGCCCUGGAGCCUGGGGGAAGGGUGUUCUGUCCACUUGCUAUUUGUUUACAUACAGAUUUUUGUAAUAAAGACUAUUUCUUGACAUGU